CUUCCAUUAGCAGACUGAUUCAGAAACAUUAUUGAUUUCCAUGCGCGGUAAGAAUCAUUGUCGUUAUCCAAUAAUUCUGAAUUGGGUCUGCAGCUCCUGUGUUGAUUCGCAUUUUCAUAAGUGCUACUCAUGUUAUGUGGAAACCAUUUGAACUACCUCAGAUCUCCAGUUCAAUCAAAGUCAUUUUGUAUCAUUGGGAUUUGUUAUUAAAUAACUUACCAAAAUGGGGACACGACCUCAGCAACCAUGUCGAGAGGAAGAGGAGGAUGAGCUGCUAGGUCGUGGAACAACACUUUCUGGCCAAUCAAUUUCCACGAGUAAAAGUGUAGGGUCACCAUCCAGUCGGAGUGAGCAGACAAUGGCUACGCCGGCUAGUGAUAACACUUUUCUAAGACUUAAUCAUCUCGACAUCCAUGGUGAUGAUGCUGGAUCCCAGGGAGCAGUUGCAAGCAAGAAGAAAAAGAGAGGCCAGCGUGCUGUCGGAGGUGACAAGAGUGGAAGGGGGCUUCGCCAAUUUAGCAUGAAAGUAUGUGAAAAGGUGGAAAGUAAGGGAAGAACCACUUACAAUGAGGUUGCAGAUGAACUUGUGGCUGAAUUUGCUGACCCAAGCAGUAGUGUUUCAACUCCUGAUCAGCAACAAUAUGAUGAGAAAAACAUUCGUCGAAGGGUUUAUGAUGCUUUGAAUGUUCUCAUGGCAAUGGAUAUAAUUUCCAAGGAUAAAAAGGAAAUUCAAUGGAAGGGUCUCCCUCGUACAAGUCUGAAUGAUAUUGAAGAAUUAAAGUCGGAGCGUCUUCAGCUUAGGAAUCGGAUUGAAAAGAAAGCUGCCUACCUGCAAGAGCUGGAGGAGCAAUACAUAGGUCUUCAGAAUCUCAUACAACGAAAUGAGCAAUUAUAUGGCUCAGGAAAUGCUCCCAGUGGAGGUGUAGCCUUACCUUUUAUUCUUGUACAGACUCGUCCCCAUGCAACUGUUGAAGUGGAAAUAUCAGAAGAUAUGCAGCUUGUACAUUUUGAUUUCAACAGCACCCCUUUUGAGCUACAUGAUGACAACUAUGUCCUCAAGGCAAUGAAAUUUUGUGAGAGACCACAGAAUGAUAAUAUGACACAAAAUCUUGCCGACGGCGGUGAAGGUUCUAGCAUGUCAGGCUUGUAUCAGGCGCAGGUCACUCCGUCAGUUUCAAACCAACCGGUUAGAACUCCGACCUCGCCACCUCUCCCUGGAAUCUUGAAGGCAAGAGUUAAGCACGAGCAUUGAUCUGCAAUUAUAUUCCGCCCCUCUCGCUUUAUUUUAGCAUGUCUAUAUACUUUUGUAAAGUAGUUUCUUGUUAAUCAAUACACCUUCAUGACGGUUAAGAAUACAGCCAGCCCAGUCACUCUGUAGGGUUAGUCAGUCACAGAUAGCCACCUGUGUUUUUAACUUCUAAGGAGUCGUUUCUGGCUAAUUUUUUACCAGUGUCCACCGUAUGUACCAGUAUAGGAUUAAUUUUGGAAUUCACUCUGGUGUAAAUUUUAACUUGUGUCGAUCUUUGUUGGUUUAUUUUUUUACUUCUGGCUGUGCACUUCCACUCAAGAUAAGUUGGAAAUGUUUAGCUGCACAAUCUUUUGGAAGGUUUUCAGACAGGAUAAUUGGCUAUGUAAUUACCUUAAUCUGAAUGUCAUUGAAUUAUAAAUCUGAAUCUAGAUGGAUUCACCCAUCGUACAAUCCAA